AUGUCGAUGCUACCGCAAGAAGUGACUGCUGAGCUGUCCCAGCUUCUGCAGGCACUGCAAUCUUCCGAAAACAGUAUCCGGUCUCAGGCCGAAGAACACCUCCAUAGUAACUGGACCACUCGCCAACCCGAGGUGCUUCUAAUGGGCCUCGCUGAGCAGAUUGGCAGCCACGCAACAACAACUGUUCGCUCAUUUGCAGCCGUCAUUUUCCGAAGAAUUGCUUCCAAAACACGCAAAAAUGAACAGGGCGACCUUGUCGAGAUCUUCAUCUCGCUGCCUGCAGAACAAGCCCAGGCCAUUCGCCAGAAGCUUCUGGAGGUUUUGACUGUCGAGGAAGAUCGCGGUGUUAGGAACAAGAUCAGCGAUGCCAUUGCCGAGAUCGCCAGACAGUACACUGAUAACGACCAAUCCUGGACCGAACUGCUGCAGGUGCUCUUCCAGCUGAGCAUGGCCCCCGAUGCCGGGAAGCGAGAGAUUGCCUUCCGCGUCUUCACGACCACCCCUGGCAUUAUCGAGAAGACUCACGAGGAUGCGGUGGCCCAGGCCUUUUCCCGUGGCUUCAAGGAUGACUCUGUCACUGUUCGCAUCGCCGCCAUGGAAGCGUUUGCUGCCUUUUUUCGUGGACUGAAGAAGAAGAGCCAGCCGAAAUUCUUCGGCCUCCUACCGGAGGUUCUUAAUAUCCUGCCACCAAUUAGAGAGUCGCACGACUCAGACGAUCUCAGCAAUGCUCUGGUUGCGUUGAUCGAUCUUGCCGGAACAUCACCAAAGAUGUUUCGUCCAGUGUUCAAUGUGCUUGUUAAAUUCAGCAUCUCCGUCAUCCAAGACAAGGAGCUGACCGACUUGUGCCGUCAAAAUGCCCUCGAGCUGAUGGCUACGUUUGCCGACUACGCUCCAUCCAUGUGCAAGAAGGACGAGCUGUACACGAACGAGAUGAUCACACAGUGCCUAAGCCUCAUGACGGACAUUGGCGAAGACGACGACGACGCAUCCGAGUGGCUUUCCGCCGACGACCUCGAACAAGAAGAGAGCGAUCUGAACCACGUGGCUGGCGAGCAGUGCAUGGAUCGGCUGGCCAAUAAACUUGGCGGUGCUGUCAUUCUCGCCCCCACAUUCAGCUGGCUUCCGCGUAUGAUCAGCUCUUCUGCCUGGAGAGACCGCCACGCUGCCCUCAUGGCCAUUUCUGCCAUCUCCGAAGGUUGUCGUGACCUGAUGCUGGGCGAGCUGCAGCAGGUGCUCAACCUGGUGGUGCCGGCCUUGAAGGAUUCGCACCCACGUGUCCGCUGGGCUGGCUGCAACGCCCUCGGCCAGAUGAGCACCGAUUUUGCACCGACGAUGCAGCGCGAGUACUACGACAUUAUUCUCAAAGCUAUCAUCCCUGCACUGGACUCGCCAGAAGCCCGCGUGAAAUCACACGCUGCAGCUGCCCUGGUCAACUUCUGCGAGGAGGCUGAAAAGAGCGUACUGGAGCCGUAUCUCGAUGAUCUGUUGAGCCACCUCUUCAAUCUGCUGCAGAAUGAGAAGCGUUAUGUUCAGGAGCAGGCCCUCUCGACCAUUGCCACUAUUGCCGAUGCUGCAGAGCAGGCGUUUAGCAAGUACUACGACACACUGAUGCCGCUCCUGGUCGGCGUUCUCCGGCGGGAAACGGAGAAGGACUACCGCCUGCUUCGUGCCAAGGCCAUGGAGUGCGCAACGCUGAUUGCCCUUGCCGUGGGCAAGGAGCGGCUCGGCAACGACGCGAUGGAGCUGGUUCAACUCCUGGCCAACAUCCAGAACAGCAUCACGGACGCAGACGACCCACAGGCGCAGUACCUCAUGCACUCUUGGGGUCGCAUGUCACGGGUUCUGGGCACGCAAUUCAUGCCCUUCCUCCCCACCGUCAUGCCGCCACUGCUGCAGCUGGCGGGAGCUAAGGCCGACAUCCAGCUGCUGGACGACGAGGAGCAGGCCGAUCGUCUUCAGCAGGAAGACGGCUGGGAGCUGUUGCCGCUCAAGGGCAAGAUGAUCGGCAUCAAGACUAGCAGCAUGGACGACAAGCACAUGGCCAUUGAGCUGCUCGUUGUGUAUGCGCAGGUACUCGAGGGCUCGUUUGCGCCAUAUGUGGGACAGAUCAUGAAGGACAUCGCCCUGCCAGGUCUGGCGUUCUUUUUUCACGACCCCGUGCGCUUCAUAUCGGCGCGGCUGGUGCCCCAGCUGCUCAACUCAUACAAGCAGGCAUACGGCUCGGAGUCGAACGAGAUGACGGCUCUGUGGGGAAUCACAGUGGAGAAACUCCUGGAGGUGCUCACAGCAGAGCCGGCCAUCGACACACUAUCGGAGAUGUACCAGUGCUUCUACGAGUCGGUCGAGGUGCUUGGGCGACCCUGCUUAACACCAGUACACAUGAACAAGUUCAUCGAGGCGGUCGAGUCGACGCUGGAGGACUACCGGGAGCGCGUGACCCAGCGCGAGGAAGAGAAGCGGAACACGACGACAGAGGAUGCCGAGGACGAGGACGAGGAUCUGCUGAUUGCGUUGGAGGACGACCAGACGCUGCUGUCGGAUAUGAGCAAGGCCUUCCACGUGGUGUUUAAGUUUCACGGGUCAGACUUCCUGCCGGCGUGGGAGCGCCUGAUGUCGGCAUACGAGAGCUUCCUCAAGGCGGAAGACCCGAGCCAGCGGCAAUGGGGCCUGUGUAUUAUGGACGACGUGCUUGAGUACUGCGGCGCGAACAGCAUUCACUACGCCAAUUACAUCACGCAGCCGCUGCUCGACGGCUGCAAGGACCCAGCACCUGCGAUACGGCAAGCGGCCGCAUAUGGCAUCGGCAUGGUGGCACGCCAGGGCGGACAGGCAUGGUCGCAGUUUCUCGGCGGUUGUGUGCCACUGCUCUUCCAGGCGACCCUGAUCCCAGAUGCACGGAACGAAGACAACGUAUACGCGACGGAGAAUGCGUGCGCAGCCAUUGCGAAGAUUCUGCACUUUAACGUUGGCAGCGUGCAGAACGUCGACGCCGUGAUCACGGAGUGGGUGGGCACGCUGCCCGUGGUCAACGACGAGGAGGCGGCACCGUACGCCUACGCCUACCUGGCCGAGCUGAUCAGCAAGCGUCAUCCGGCAGUCAUGUCGCAAGCAGACAAGGUGUUUACGUUUAUCGCACAGGGCCUGGGUGCAGAUGUGCUGCGCGGGCAGACCGCGUCGAACGUGGUGACGGCAACGAAGGUGAUGUUGCAGGAGUCUGGGUUGAACGCAACGCCGCUGCUGCAGCAGUUCCCGCAGGAGUUGCAACAGACGAUUAGCGCUUACUUCGCGUAA